AUGAGUACUGGAAAACUCUCGAGGUUGUUUAAUGACUUAGGACAGAAACAGAGUUCUCUGAUUCUUAAUUCUGACUUAGAAACAGCGAGAAAGAUCACCCGGUCUAUAUUGAUAGCCGGUGUCGGAAUACUUCAAUCGGAUCCUUCGCUUCUCUUAACGUUAAAUUCAAAUGUAACCCGACUCGUUCUCUCCGAGCCUAAUCUUCCUACUCAAUCCUGCAUCGGUUUCUUCAACUUUCUCCAGCGAUUUGAGUCGCGGUUUAAACCCGCUCUCACGGCGGUAGUAACCUUAUCUCACCGGCUUUAUUCCGAUCAUAAGCUUAAAACCAUGUGCUCUCUGUUGAAUUCUGUUGCUAUUGACGGGUUUUACGAGCGUCCGAUUGAGAGUUUGGGAUUAGCGAUGGUUGAUUGUGGCUAUACCGAAGAAAAGUUUGAAUUUUUGGAAAAGUUUUUCGAUUUGAUGUUUAGGGUUUAUGCGGAUAAUAGAAUGUUCGAAGAGAGUGUGAAGAUCUUCGAUUACAUUUUGAGUAAAGGGUUGAGUAUAGAGGAGAGAUCAUGCAUUGUUUUUCUGAUAGCAGCGAAGAAAAGCGGGAAAAUUGAUCUCUGUUUGGAGUUUUUUAGGCGAAUGGUGGAUUCUGAUGUGAAGAUCACUGUGUAUUCGUUGACGAUUGUGGUCGAUGGUUUAUGCAGAAGAGGAGAAGUCGAAAAGAGUAUAGAUUUGAUAGAUGAGAUCUCUCGUAAAGGAAUCAAACCUGAAGCAUUUACUUAUAACACCAUUAUCAAUGCUUAUGUGAAACAGAGAGAUUUUUCUUCUGUAGAAAUGGUUCUCAAGGUGAUGAAGAAGGAGAAAGUGGCGUAUAAUGCAGCUACGUAUACAAUUUUGAUUGGAAUGGAGAUGAAGAAGGGGAGAUUGGUUGAUGCAGAGAAACUGUUCGAUGAAAUGGGUGAGAGAGGAAUAGAAUCAGAUAUCCAUGUGUAUACUUCUCUUAUUAGUUGGAAUUGUAAAAAGGGGGAUAUCAAAAGAGCGUUUUUGUUGUUUGAUGAAUUGAUAGAGAAAGGUCUUUCACCGAGUAGUCAUACGUAUGGGGCGCUUAUCGAUGGUGUAUGUCGUGUUGGGGAAAUGAGUGCAGCUGAGAUAUUGGUUAGAGAGAUGCAGUGCCGUGGGGUUAACAUCACUCAAGUGGUAUUCAAUACUUUGAUUGAUGGGUACUGCAGAAAAGGAAGUAUUGAUGAUGCAUUAAGCAUUUAUGAUGUAAUGGAGAAGAAAGGGUUUCAAGCUGAUGUUUUUACUUAUAACACGAUUGCUAGUUGUUUAAGUAAAUCGAAACGAUAUGAUGAGGCGAAGCAAUGGCUGUUCAGGAUGAUUGAUAGAGGCGUGAAGCCUAACACGGUUUGUUAUACUAAUUUGAUCGAUAUUUACUGCAAAGAAGGGAACUUUAAAGAGGCAAAGAAGGUAUUUGAAACGAUGAGCAUCAAGGGAGAACAACAACCUAAUGUUGUCACUUACAAUGUGAUGAUCGACGCGUACUGCAAGCAAGGGAAAGUAAAGGAAGCUCAGAAACUAAGGACUAACAUGGAAGCCAAAAGGAUGCUGCCGGAUUCAUUUACUUACACGUCGCUCAUACUUGGGGAAUUCAUUUCCGGUAACAUGGAUGAAGCAACGAGACUAUUUAAGGAAAUGGGUUUAAAGGGCAUAGUCCAAAGAGAUGUAACGUAUACCGCGAUGAUCUCAGGUUUUUCCAAGGCUGGAAAAUCGAACGAAGCAUUUGGAUUGUACCGCGAAAUGAAAAAGAAAGGGUACGAAAUAGAUAACAGGGUUUAUACUGCACUUGUUGAAACAGGGAGGCUCGCGGGAAAAGAAGCUGCUUACUUUUUCCAAGAAUCCAAACACGCCGUUAAUCGUAUCGCCGAGAAAUCUCCGACCACCGGUAAAAAGCUUCCAUCUUCUCCGGCGGAUCCGCCGGAGAUUCAACCGGACGUUCUACCGGAGAUUCUACGCCAUUCUCUUCCUUCUAAAAUCUAUGGUCGACCUCCUGAUCCUUCGUCUCUCUCCCAGUUCUCCAAAUGGGCUCUUGAAUCCGAUCCGAACGCACCCGUUUCUAUUUCCCCUGACGUAUUGAAUCCUCUCAGAGGUUAUGUGUCUCUGCCUCAGGUCACGUUCGGUCGCAGAAGAUGGGAUAUUCCGGAAUCUGAGAAUUCGGUUUUAGCUUCAACAGCUAAUGAAUUGAGGAGAGACAAAGACGGGAUUCCUGUAAAUCCUGAAAAAUUGAAAGCUGCUGGUGAAGGGCUUCAACAUAUUGGAAAAGCAUUUGCAGUUGCUACUGUUAUUAUCUUUGGCUCAGCCACUUUGGUUUUUGGAACGGCAGCUUCGAAACUUGACGUGCGUAAUGCCGAUGAUAUAAGAACGAAAGGCAAAGAUCUUUUUCAGCCAAAACUGGAGUCAAUGAAGGAACAAGUAGAGCCCCUAAGAACUUGGGCGGGUAACAUGUCGAAGAAGUGGCAUUUUGAGAAUAACGAUGGUACUAUCAAGGAGAAACCAAUCUUGAAGGAGCUUUCGAAAAUUCUGGGACCCAAAUCUUGA